AUGUUUUUUAUUAAGCCGCUAGUCACUGUAUCGUUAUUCAUGGUGUAUGCUGCGUGCGCCAUUGCUAGUACUGGGUCUAACAGUGCGGAUCUCCAUCAAACUGAAGACGGCCAUUACCCAGACGUGCCGCUACCUCGCGACAAUACCACCAGCGUAGACGCACUUAACGUGCUCAGAUGUGUUCAAGUGAAUGGGUAUCCUAAUUCUACACUGCUGGGUGUGGACAAUGACGGGUUCCUAGCUUUUCUGCCUGGGGUUAACAAUAUAUUCAACACUAGCUACGCCAGGAACGUUAGCGCAUGUGCUGCCAUAUAUGGUUACCGUAUAGUCGUGACCAUCCACAGUGGCACAGAAUUUGAAGAUGGUGUACAUCCUAUUGGUACCUUAGCCGACAUUAUAUCCGCGCAGACACGCAUUGGCGGCAUUAUACGUGCCGCACGUAAUGCUGGGAUACAAACGGACCUGCAGACAAUGAUCUCUCCACGUCUCGAGCGUCGUGCAAAUUCAUAUUACUACACAUACAUGGCUGACGACUCCAAUUGCGGUAGCUACGAAAUGUUUAUUGAUACCACAAGCAUGUGUCAGGACAAUAACAAAAACUCAUUUGCUUCUUUCCGUGCCGAGAAUCCUAGCACUAAGUACAACUUGGAUUUCGCAGUAUGGCCACACCACGACUGUCUCAAGGGAAACCAACAGCUUUAUGCAUUGCCUCCUCUAUAUACCCUGCCAUGCAAGAAGAGGAAAACUUAUUCCUGGUUCGGCGCAUUACAAGAUGAGUCCUGUUUCGGCGCGAACCCUAGCGAAGCAUGCGUAACAGCAGAUCUUAAUGUCUAUACCGGCUCCUAUGUGGCGUGGCGGCUCAUUGUAGAGGGAAAGUACUCUUAG